AUGCUUGCGUCCCGAAUUGGUGCCCGUGCGGGUCCUUCCGUGCGCCAAAUCACAUCUCUACGCGCACAAACUCACACAUGUAGCCCAUCAGUUGCACUCGCACAGAAAAACUCAUCUUUACGUAUGUAUACGUCUGAAUCCUCACAAAACACUCCCAAACGUACAGCAUUGUAUGAUCUUCAUGUGGAGAACGGUGCUACCUUUGCCACCUUUGCUGGCUGGCAGAUGCCCAUGAAGUUCGGGGACUUGACAGCAUUGGAAUCACACCACCACACACGUCGCAAUGCAUCUAUCUUUGAUGUGUCACAUAUGCUGCAGUUGAGCUUCACUGGGCCUAAUCGCACGGAGUUCUUGGAGAGGAUUGUGUGCGGCGAUAUUGCAGGGCUUCCCUCUGGUGGUGGUACACUUUCGCUAAUGACGAAUAGUGAGGGAGGUAUCAUUGAUGACUGCGUAGUGGUGAAUGCCGACGACCACGUGUAUAUGGUGGCCAAUGCCGGAUGUGCGGACAAGGAUCUUGUGCACAUUAAAAGCGAGCUGAGCGCGUUCGCAGACGGUGAGGUGGAGAUGGAAGUGAUGGAUACGUACAGUUUAAUUGCGUUGCAGGGCCCGAAAGCAAUGGAUGUGCUCGCCAAACACGUGGACGACGACGAAGUGAUGCUCAAAGACCUGCCAUUCAUGGCCAGUGUUAACGACGUCUCUGUGCACGGGGUGCCUGGCUGUCGCAUUACGCGCUGUGGUUACACUGGAGAGGAUGGGUUUGAGAUCUCCAUGCCCAGUUAUAAGGCCGUUUGUAUCACACGGGCGCUUCUAAGCGAAGAUGAGGCGGCCAACGCCGGUCUGGCAGCGCGUGAUUCGCUGCGCUUAGAGGCUGGGCUGUGUCUGUACGGCAGUGACAUAGACGCCACCACCUCUCCCAUGGAAGCCAACCUGGGUUGGACUGUGGCCAAGCGCAGACGCACAGAAAGCGGGUUUGUGGGCGGCGAUAUCAUCGUCGACCAGCUAAAGAAGAAGGUGUGUGAGUCUAGUGGAGUGCGGCGGCGGGUGGGUCUGGUAGUAGACGGAGCUCCGGCACGUGCGCACUCGAAGGUACUUGACAUGGAAGGCAACGAGAUCGGUGAGAUCACCAGUGGAGUGCCGUACGAGUGCACUGCACGCUUCACAGCUGUGUAG